UUUCUGACAAAUUCGAUACUUAAAAAUGGCUUCUUCGUCUUUACCUCCGGCGAUGGAGGUCGGAGAAUCUAGAAAUUGGACGGAGCUUCCACCGGAACUGACGUCAUUGAUACUGCACCGUCUUGGCGCGAUUGAGAUACUUGAAAACGCUCAGAAAGUUUGCAGAUCGUGGCGCCGCGUUUGUAAAGACCCAUCGAUGUGGCGUAAAAUCGACAUGCAUAACCUCGGAGAUUUGGAAGACAUGGAAUUCAACCUCGAUAUCAUGUGUCGUCACGCUGUUGAUCGUAGCCAGGGAGGCCUGGUUGAGAUCGAUAUAUGGUAUUUCGGUACUGAUGGUCUCCUCAAUUACAUCGCCGAUAGGUCGAGUAAUCUGAGAAGCCUUAGACUGACAAGGUGCUCUCAAAUUACGGACGAUGGACUUGUCGAAGCAGUUUUGAAACUUCCACUGCUUGAAGACCUCGAGUUGUCAUACUGCUCAUUGUCAGGAGUGUCUCUGAAAGUUCUAGGCCAGUCUUGUCCAAAUAUGAAGAUAUUGAAGUUAAAGAGCUAUCCUCAAAAAGAGAAUGACGAUGAUGCUCUAGCGAUUGCUGAAACAAUGCCUAAACUUCGCCAUCUCCAGCUUUUUGGGAACGGAUUAUCAGACACCGGCUUAAACGCCAUUCUUGACAGUUGUCUAAACCUGGAACAUCUUGAUUUACGCCGGUGUUUCAAUGUUAAUCUUAUUGGGGAUCUGCAGAAGCGGUGUUCUGAGAGGGUCAAAGUUGUGAGACACCCUAAUGACUCGACUCAUGAUAUCGACAUUGGUUCAUCAGAAGACGAAUACCCUUAUGGCUUCUCUGAUAUCGAUCUCAUGUCAGAUGAUACUGAGUUUGAUGAUUACUAUGACCUCACAGGUGCUAGUGACUAUUCUGACUAUGACCAGUUUGAUUACUAUGAUGACAUGCUUAUCUAGAGGCAUCGGUUUUGUGCAGGUGAAAUUUUUCGAACUUGUUCAUGACUUCUUUUAAGUAAGCUCAUAGUUUCAAUGGACUUUAAUGUGUCCUUGUGGUAUGUAACCCGUUUGUAAUGAUGUCUUUAGUUAGCUGUUUCCUCUCUACAAUUUCUAAACUCAGAAAAGCUUCAAAGAUGGUGAUUGUUUCAUCUUCCUUUGACUAAAAUAAUUGAGUUUAUUCUGCAA